GGCGUUUAUGAGGCACAGCUCCUCGGGCCAAACGGAAAACGAAACUCCAACAACAACAACAACAAAUAAUUUGGGUGAAAUUCAUUUUUUGUGAAAAAACGCAGAUUAUGCUAGGAAAUGAUAGGUUUUCGUUCCAAAAAACGGUCCAUUGCUUAGCGCGCGUUCUCGCACGCAUAAAACCGACACCAUGGGAUAAGGUCCAAACACUGUUCCGGUACUGCCCGCAGGAGAAUGCAGCCGGAGUGUUCUGCCUGGACUCUCGGGCCCAGGACGCGGUCAUCGCUUUGGGUUUGUACUUCUUGGAAAGUGGCUACCAGUACGAGAAAGAAAUCAUCCCCUAUUUGCUGCGACUGGCGAAAGCCCUGCCCAAGGCAGUGUGGAUCGAUGACGUCAAGCUGAACAAAAUCGAUAAGAUACCGAUCGCGGAAAAGUUUUGCUUCUGCUUGAACAGCUUGCUGUCGGAUAUUGCAGUCGGAUGCCCGGAAAGUCGCGACGAGAUAAUCGUCAACCAGGUUGAGGUGCUGACCGUGCUGACAAAUAUGAUCAAAGGAAGCAAGGAGAGUAACAGCCUUCCUCCGAUUAUUUUAUGCAAAGCCACAGUUCCACUGCUUCUUGGAUUGGGUCGAUCCAUGGGAAGAUAUGCUACUGCUGAUCCUCCUCUUCUGUGUCGAUUGUUUCCACGAGAUGAAAUUCCGUCACCAAAAUCCCAGGAAACCCCACUGGCGAGGACAGAGUCUAAAUCGAACAACGCAAUCAGCCAGUUUAGAUCUAUUAUUCCGAGGUCCAUGUCCGGGAGUUUGACUGCUGAGCUGAAUGAAGAAAAGACGCCUAAGAAUAACGCAAAGAAACUUAAUUCCUAUUACUCGGUACCGUAUGACCCGACGACUUAUUUCUUCUCCAAAUAUGGAUCCAGCUUCAAUCAGUUCCCGAACAUGCGGUUUUGUGACUCACCGGAAAAGAAAAAUCGCCUGCAGUUCCCCAUAAACCAUCUGCAGGCCAUUUUUGCCCUGGCCAAAAAGCUUCUUACCAAAGAAACCCUAGAGCACUUAGACGAGCAAGCGGGCGAUAUCUACUCGCUACAUCAGAUUAAACCGUACGGCUACAAGAGCGUCUCCGAAACGAUCAAUCUGGUGAUGGUUACGUUGCUGAGAGAGAUCCUACAAAAUCAAACAGACCUCCCCACUCCGUUCACCAAAGACGUGCAAGAGUUUGUCAAGCGACUGUUUCUGAUCGGACAAACCGAGCUGCAAAACAAACAGCACGACAGCACCCUGGACCGGGUGAACGACCCGACAAACAUAGUGGUCAACAAGUACAAGGUCAACGUGAUGGCCAAUGCGGCGUGCGUUGAUCUGCUGGUGUGGGCUAUCGGCGAUGAGACGGUGGACGAUGAUUACACUCUAUCUUCACUGCAACAGAGUUUAUCUUGUUUGCUGGAGCUAGGUGAGGCUGAUAAAUUAUGCAGUCGUUUAUAUCAGAAACUCAACUCCGUACUGGGACACAAAGUGGUGAUGGAUCAUAUGCCACUCUUGAUGGUUUGCUUGGAGGGUUUGGGUAAAUUAGCGCAGAAAUUUCCCAACAUUGCGGGAACGUCGAUCUCAUAUCUACGAGACUUUCUGGUCGACCCUAGUCCCAUCUUGACAAAGCUUCAUGCUCAAUCGCAGGCGCAGAAUAAAAAGGACAAGGAAAAUGCUCCAUUCAGGAUUGUUGUUCAAGGAUCCGACUUCAAAGCAUUCGACCAGCAACCAAAUCAACGAAAGGGUCUCACCAAAUCCGCCCACGAGGCCUUCGAAGCGCUACGAGAUGCCGCAAUUGAGAACCUUUCCAUUGCGCUGAAAGCCGCCCAUGCGCUCGAUCCGUACUGCGUGCCAGCGUUGGUGGCCAACGUAUCGAACCGGUUGUUCACCGUGGAAAAGCAAGAAAGCGAAUCCAGUCUAGUGUCGUUAAACAUUAUCGUUAUGUUGGGCCACGUGGCAGUUGCCCUGAAGGAUACACCGAAAACAACGAACAAUAUCCUUCAGUUCUUCAUUCAGCGCUUCUGCAAGGUACCAUCCGAACAAAACGUUCUAAUUGUGGACCAACUGGGGUGCAUGAUCAUCUCCAAGUGUGAACCACAGGUUUUUGAAGAAAUUAUGAAGAUGUUUUCCAGAGUAACUGUGCAAGCAGCGUCCUUGGCUUAUUCCACCAAUCCGGAACAGAGGAAAUCCUACCACCACGUGUCGGAUGCGGUGGUCAACGCGCUAGCCAACAUUGCCGCCAACAUUCAGGGCGAGCUGGAAAUGUUGGACUUGUUGGGCAAGCUGUUGGAACUGUUCGUCCAGAUCGGGUUGGAAGGUGAACGGUCCUACGAUAGUACAUCCGGUGCGCAGAAGGCCAGUUCCAGUGCUGGAAACUUGGGAAUGCUGAUCCCGGUGAUUGCGGUCCUAGUGAGACGUCUACCGCCGAUCAAAAACCCGAAACAACGGCUCCAUAAGCUGUUCAAAGACUUUUGGCUGUACUGUGUGGUGAUGGGUUUCACCAAUGCUCGCCUGUGGCCGUCGGAUUGGUACCAAGGGGUACAGCAAAUUGCGGCGAAAUCUCCUCUGCUGAUAUCGCAAAUCGCUCACCGAUCGGAGAUGCGAGAGCUGAACUACACAUCGGCGAUCCGCUCGGACAGUGUCAGCUUGAACGAGCUACGGAGUCAGAUUCUGGUCCUGUUGGAUCACCCUCCGGCAGAUAUUACCCAGUGCAUCAAUAAAUUGACCUUUGCGCAAUGUACAUAUUUGUUGAGUGUCUAUUGGUUGGAAAUAUUGCGAGUGGAGAAUGCGGCCGAACCUAGUUUGGAACCAAUAUUGAAUUAUCUUUGUGAUAAUGCCUUACUGAAAGAUAAGUAUGGCAUGUGGCAAUGUAUCCGAUGCAUUGGUGAUCAAGUUUUCGAGAAAUUUAGAAGCGUACUUCUAGCGCAGGACGAUGUCCGGGAAAAAGUUCUUGAAUCCCAAGCAAUGCUGCUGUUGGUGUAUUUCAAUCACAUCCACAAGCAGAUUCAGCUUGUUGCAGAUCAGUACCUAUCACAACUAGUUGAUAAAUUCCCUCACUUAUUGUGGAAUCGCAAAGUUCUGUGGUGCAUGCUGGAUGUACUUCAAUUGCUAGCAUUUUCUCUGACUCUGGAUCCGAAUGAAGAAACUCCAACUUUGAGAGUUGCUUCCACGCCCUACACUCUGCAGCUGAUGGACAGUUUACCUGCUCGGGAGAGCCGUGUCAAGGAUUUUGCCGACCGUUGUCAAGGUAUUGUUAGCGAAGCUAUGAAAUGGGCACCGAAAUCUACCAGGAGCCAUCUUCAAGAGUAUCCCAAUCAGGUACCAACGACGACAUUGUCGAACCACAGCGGUUUGGCUCUGGCAGUGGAUUCUAUUCUCCACACGUGGGUCGCCACCGCCAGUAUCCAGUCGACUUCGAAACGCCCGCAUUGUGUCAACAGCGAUACGUCCAAGUUCGUUUCGGUAUUGUGCUUGCGUAGCAAAUACGCAGGAGAAAUUUCCGGAUUGUUGUCGGUUUUGGAAGAUGAGGAAAAGAAGGGCUUGGCUGACCGUUUGGUUAAAGAUAUCUGGGAUGCUUGUGCUGAAAAAAGUGAUGCAAAACAUAGGGGAGCUCUAUGGAGAGCCACAGCUUAUCUCAUUCUAUGUUCAAGCGCAAAUCGAAAGCUACUGCAUGCCAUAUCCUCAUCGCAAGUGCAACUGUUCACGGAAUCAGCUAUGGAAACUGCCGUAGAGUGUUGGCAGUGGAUCCUAACCGCUCGGCAAGAUCUUGAACUUUGUUUCAUCCAAGAGAUGGUUACGGCAUGGCAAACCACGUUUGAUAAACGAAUAGGGCUGUUCACUGAGGAAGUUGAUAUUACUAGUCCUCUGGCUGCAUACGAGAGCUGCAAGUUGGUCCCCAAGCCGAUUGUUGUAGCUCCGCAUCUAAUUUGGUUGCAGCUCCUCUCUGAAAUGGUCGACACAGCCAAGUAUUGUAACCGGGAUAAGGUCGAAAUGUUCUGUAUGUUACUUCAUCGCUGUUUACCGUUCAGUCGGGACUUCAAAAUGACAAGACAUAUCUCGACGGUUGGCUGUCGGUUUAAGCUUCUCCAGUGCGGUUUAUCUCUUCUACAGGGGAAUACCAUUCCCAAGUCGCUAGCUCGGAACAUACUACGUGAACGCAUCUACGCCAACGCACUGGAUUACUUCUGUGGACCACAGCUUUGUCCAAGCCAAUCCCGAGAAGCACUGCUGGAGGAUAUAUCUAUCUUGCUCAAAUUUUGGCAAACUAUGCGCAGCGAGAAGAAACACUUGGUUGCUUCGGAAGUUAGCGACUACGAUUUGCAUCCCACGUCCCAGAAUCUGUCGGUUAACAAAUCUCUAGAUACAGUCUCUUUAGCCGGAAGCGAAGUAGCGCGCUCCACUAGCAGCGGAAACGCCGGUUGGUACAACACCAUUCCUCAUUCAACAUCGACCCUCUCAAAACGGUCUAAUCGUAUCAAGCGCCCACCUUAUCAAAAAGAUGCCUACGACAAAGACUACAUGAAGAAGCGGAACCUAAUCCUGGAAUUGCUAGCCGUUGAAAUUGAAUUCAUGCUUAUUUGGGCAAAUCCUCUGUCAUCUCCGGAAUUGCAGAUAGCUGGCGAAGAGGCUGUCGCCGAGUGGAGAGCUCGUCCAGUGAAGCUGAACGUGUGGCGCGACUACACUAGGCUCGCAUGGUCCUAUAACCCGGCGCUGGCCAUAUUCCUACCGCAACGCAUACGAAACGCCGAAACCAUUGAAGAUGAAGUAACCCGACUCGUUUGUUCGGAUCCACUUGCAGUGAUUAACAUUCCGGAAGCGCUGAAAUAUCUCGUCACCACGCGAACCCUACUCAACGAAGCACCUGAACUGGUGUACAUGUUGACCUGGGCUCGCGUCAAUCCCAUCCAAGCACUAUCCUAUUUCUCACGUCAGUUCCCCACGCAUCCGUUGACCGCACAGUACGCCGUUACGACUUUGAACUCGUACCCAGCUGAAGCCGUUCUUCCCUACAUUCCCCAGCUGGUGCAGGCCUUGCGACAUGACACGAUGGGCUACGUGGUAGAGUUCAUCAAGCACAUCUCCAAGAGAUCGCAAAUCGUUGCCCAUCAACUGAUUUGGAAUAUGCAAACCAACAUGUACAUCGAUGAGGAAAUGCACCACAAAGAUCCUGUUCUGUACGAUGGUUUGGAAGCGUUAUCGCAGAAUAUCAUCGCUUCGCUAUCCGGGCCGGCCAAACGAUUCUAUGAGCGCGAAUUUGACUUCUUCGGAAAAAUUACAGCCGUAAGCGGAGAAAUUCGUUCCUUCCCCAAAGGCCAGGCGCGGAAAAAGGCUUGUCUGGAUGCACUCAGCCGAAUCAAGGUUCAAGCCGGAUGCUACCUUCCGUCCAAUCCGGAAGCGAUGGUCCUUGAUAUCGACUACAAUAGCGGAACACCGAUGCAGAGUGCAGCGAAAGCUCCCUACCUGGCACGGUUCCGGGUACAUCGGUGUGGCAUAAACGAGUUGGAAAGUAUGGCAAUGGAGGUGUCCAACAAUCCAAACAGCCAACUGGAUGGACCCAGGCUAAGCUCGAUGGGACCGGAAACGUGGCAGGCAGCCAUCUUCAAGGUGGGCGAUGAUGUUCGGCAGGACAUGUUGGCUUUGCAAGUGAUCUCAAUUUUCAAGAACAUUUUCCAACAAGUGGGACUGGAGUUGUUCUUGUUUCCGUACCGCGUUGUGGCAACUGCUCCAGGGUGUGGCGUGAUUGAGUGUGUACCGAACGCGAAAUCGCGUGAUCAACUAGGACGACAAACGGACUCCGGUUUGUAUGAAUACUUCUUGCACCAGUAUGGCGAUGAAACAUCGAAGGAAUUCCAAGUGGCUCGAAGCAACUUUGUGAAAUCGAUGGCUGCCUAUUCGGUGAUUGGCUAUCUGCUGCAGAUCAAGGAUCGACACAACGGAAACAUUAUGAUCGACAAAGACGGGCACAUCAUUCAUAUUGAUUUUGGCUUCAUGUUCGAAUCGUCACCCGGCGGGAACAUCGGUUUCGAGCCCGAUCUCAAGCUCACCGACGAGAUGGUGAUGGUGAUGGGUGGCAAAAUGGAAGCAGCACCCUUCAAAUGGUUCUGCGAUCUGUGCGUGCAGUCGUUCUUGGCCAUUCGACCGUAUCAGGAUGCAAUCGUUACGCUGGUUUCGCUGAUGCUGGACACGGGAUUGCCCUGCUUCCGGGGGCAAACCAUUACGCUGCUCAAGCAACGAUUCGUGCCAACCAAAAACAACAAGGAAGCAGCGGCGCAUAUGUUGGGUGUUAUACGCAAUUCGUACCAGAACUUCCGAACCAGAACCUAUGAUAUGAUACAGUAUUAUCAAAACCAAAUUCCGUAUUAAAAAGGUUGACAGUAUAAUAACGAUCAAUGUGAAAUUGUGCUUCUUAACCGAAAUUGCACCGCGCUUGCGUUGUAUACGAAGAGCGAGGUUUUUUGGUAGUGUUGUACUUUUUACAACAGCGCGCGUCUUGAAAUGUUAAAAUCCUUCAAGGAAGCAGGCCGGAAUGAUAAAAUUUUAGCGGGACAAAGAUAACGUUAGGACAGUGCGGGUGGUGUUAGGGCUUGGGAAGGGUCACUGGAAAAUUAUUUAUUGGGGACAAAUCAUUGCAUGUGAUUAUAAAUAUAUAAAUAGUCAAAGUUGAUCUUAUUGUUAAAAAAUAUUUGUUGUAUGGCAUGUACGUAAUAAAACAUAAAUGGUGAACGAAA